UAGAAUCAGAGACGUAGCAAUGUACAAUGAUCACCCAGCACCAAUGUUUCUGUACGGAAUUACGUAUUGGGGAAACAAAAUGGCAGCGCCCAUAGCAGGGGUUUGGGCCAGCUCCCGGUCAAAGACCAAUUCACGUUUCUUUGGUUUUCUCUGCCAAAGUUGUUGCAGAAAUUACAGUUCCAAAAAAAGUAAAAAGUUAACGAAACGGCAAGGAGAUCUACUUGAUAACUUGUUUCCUGUCCCUCAAACAUCCACGGUCUCGCCCAAGUUGAGAAAUAAGUCUGGGGUUACCCCAUCUUCAACUUCAACUGCACCAAGUCCAAUACCCAAGAAGAAGGAUGAGCAUAAUAGUGGGGUCUCCAACACUUCUAGCCAUGCUCUCAAGUUCAAGCAAGUCUUGCAGCAGAGAUACAGAGAAGCGCAAAGGAGCGUCAUUGUACGGACCCAGUCCCCGGCCUCUACUGUCCAGUCUCUCAUGACAUACGGUCAUCUAUCCUCUUCCUUUUACACAUCGCAAGAUAAGUUGUAUGUUUUAGCCGAGUACGCCAAUGAACAGAACGUGGGACGACUACAGAGCAGCACGUCGCUGUUCCUGGACCAGCACCAGUUCCCCAUGCACUCUCGCUGUUUGUACGACGUGAACAACCCGCGGAACCCGCCGGCCCGCCACUCCAAUCAGCCCAUGCCCACAGUGAGGGAGGACUUGUGGCAUGUGGACUCCAUGACCCACUAUCCCGUCAUGGACACGCUGGAUGAAGAAUUGAAGGCUUUGUGCGCCAGAAGAUCCCUCAACGACCUUGACCUUCGCAUCAGGUUUCUGGUCUGCGUCAUGGUGGAGGAGAUGCUGCAGUCGUUCCUGCCGGGGUCGCGGGUCAUCCCGUAUGGGUCGUGCCUCAACGGUUUCGGCUGGUGGAACAGCGACCUCGAUAUGAUGCUGUGUCUGAAGAAAGAUCCGUACUCUAGCAACGUUGUGUCGGCGCCUGUCUCAUCCCGGAAGACCAACCACAACUUCCGCUUCAUCACAGAGACAUUCAGCACAGAGCGACAGCUGGCGCAGCGCACCCUGGCCAUGGUCGCCUCCCUUGUGGAGCUGAUGCCCCGCACCUCCAACGUGUUCAAGAUCCUCAACGCCAGGGUACCCAUCAUCCGUUUCCGACAAACCGUGUUCCCGCUACACUGUGACAUUAGCCUGGAGGCUCUAGAGUCUUCUCCACGGGUUUUUCGCCUUCUACUCCCAGUUUGAUUUCUCCAGCCAAGCGAUCUCCCUGAUCGAAGGCUCCACGUUUGCCAAGCCGGCGGGCUCGUCGCCGGUGUACGUGGAGAACCCGCUGUGUAUCGGGCUCAACAUCUGCCAGAACGUCGCCGAGCACCAGCUCAUGCUCUUCUCCGAGGCCAUGCAGGAGGCCGCCCGGAAAGUCGACGGUUUCUCCGGGCAGGCACCCAGCGACGGCCGCUCUCGUCUUGACGUCCUGUUCAGCAGCGGCGCGAGCUCGGCCAGUCCUGUGUCUGUGUCGGUGUCCGACUUGUUUGAUGACGUUGUCGCGGAGAAGGGGGGCGGGGGAGGAGAGGCGGAGGCGGCUGUUGAUGGGAACGGGGAGGGGAGUGAAGGGAGGUAAUGGCUUACAGGUGGGGGUGGUGGCGGGAGGUAAAGG